UUUAAUUGACUCAAUAGCGACAUUGUACGAAAUUUGAAGCCCACGGUCCAUGGGUGUUUUGGUCGAAUUCGUAGUACACCUUGAAGCCAGUGCGCUGGCAGGCAAUGGAUUAUGCAGACGCUGCGUCUUCCCUAGCCGUUGCUUCUAGAGGAUACGAGUAUCUUUUCAAACUUUUAUUCAUCGGUGACUCCGGGGUUGGCAAGACGUCAAUGAUAUAUCGUUUUUCGGACGAUAAGUUCAGUUCUGCAUUUAUUCAUACCAUAGGAAUUGAUUUUAAGAUUAGGACUAUAGAACUAGAUGGAAAAAAAAUCAAAUUGCAAAUAUGGGAUACCGCUGGGCAGGAACGAUUCAGGACCAUCACCACAGCAUACUACAGAGGUGCAAUGGGUAUCAUGCUUGUUUAUGACAUCACCAACAUCAAAUCUUUUGACAACAUCAGGAAUUGGAUUAGGAACAUUGAAGAUCAUGCAUCAGCAGAUGUGGAAAAGAUGAUCUUGGGAAAUAAGUGUGACAUGGAUGAUCGAAGACAGGUGUCAAAAGAGAGAGGCGAACAGUUGGCCAUAGAAUAUGGAAUUAAAUUCAUGGAGACAAGUGCAAAAGCCAGCAUCAAUGUAGAGGAUGCUUUCUUCACACUAGCCAGAGAUAUUAAGGCCAAAAUGGACAGGAAAUUGGAUGCCACACAACCACCGAAGAGCUUUCCCGACAGACCCAGUGAGUCAGGAGGCAAGCAAGGUUGGAGAUUCUGUGCUCUUCUGUGAUCAUCUCCAACCCACAGAAUACCUUGCCACCGGAACCACCAACUAUUCACAAAGAAUCGUCUGCCUUCUAUCAGUCACAUUGGCUGUAAGCUGUCUGUAGGCAACGUUUCAGGUUUAUGUCUUAAGUGUAUUUUUGGCAGUAAAUUGUCAGAAUCAAAGUUCUGCAGUAGUGGAUAAUCUUCAAAAUAAAUUUUAAGAUAAUGUCUUGAUAUGUGUAACUGAUUUUUUUCACACUGUUCAUUCAGUUUAUUUUUAUAUACAGAAAAGUAUUAAUAACAAUUAUGAAUUUGAUGUUACAAUCAGUUACAACAUAUUGUCUAUAUAACAACAUGUUUUGUCAGACAUAUUUGUUGUCUAUAUAUUAACAUGUUCUGUCAUAGACAUUACUAAUGUUCUAUCUGUAUAUUCCCUCAGUGUAUCUUCUUUUCCAUGUGACCGUAAUGGAUACAAGCUGCAGAGUGUCACGUUCGUUUGAAUUAGUUGCGUGCACUGCUAGGCAAGUUUAUUCGAUUAUUUGUGUUUAUUUAGUUUUUCACAUCUGAUAGAGGGUUAUAUACUCCUAUACCACUUCUGAUGCCAACACUGACUCCAUCAGGAUAACAUAUAGAACUAUUAUGGUUUAAUUUUAGCAUGAUGUAUUUGUCUAGUGUGGACAUUAUUUGAAGGAAACAAGUUACUGUAUGUUGUUUCCAUAUGGGAUGGAAGACUGUGUUUGCUAGUAGAACUGCUUGUUGGUUCGACUCAUAAAUAGCUAGUUGAUUGAACCCCCACAUAUUAAUAGAGGACUGGUGAAUUAAAAUCCCUAUCAAAUUUCAUAAUAGCUUGAAAAUUAGAUUAUCAUCUACCCUCUCCCCAACCCACCAUCCAUGAGACUAAUUAAUAGAUUUGGAAUGAACAUUUUCUCACAUUUGCUGCUAAAUUUAAACACGUUCUUUUACCCUCUCCUGUGGCAGGAAAUGAAAUUCCUCUUUCUCAUGUCUCAAUUCAAACAUCUUUAUAAAUAACCACCGAGGUGUAUUUGUUCUGAAGCUCAUACUAGUAAAAUCAGAUAGAUUGCCCACCUAAUCAUGUGAAUUGUACUAAUUAUUCAGAAGUGAUUAACCAUGGAGUUUCUUAAAUUAAAAUUUUUGGUUUUCAAAUUAAAUACGUUGACACAUACAACCUUCUUGGUCAAUUAUUUGGUCAGCUACAGAAUCAACUUGUGUCCUUACAAACAGUAUUGCAACAUGACU